UGACAUGGCGCUGUCCUGUCAGCAGGAUAGUUAUUUGAGAGAGCUGAGCACUAGGGUGAAGUCAUGUGUCCCAGCCCGCUUACAAACAGUUGUAAAUGGAAAGAAACAAAAGUUGGAAGGAUUUGAAGUCGUAUUAGAAGAUACUGUGUUAUUUCCAGAGGGUGGAGGUCAGCCAGAUGACCGAGGGAAGAUAAAUAGUGUGGAUGUCCAUCGUGUAACAAGGCGAGGGGCCGAAGCUGUCCAUUUUGUUCAGUCUGACCUGGAGGUCAACUCUGAGGUCAAGGUGACUGUGGACUGGACACGGAGGUUUGACCACAUGCAACAACACUCUGCACAGCACUUGGUGACAGCUAUAGCAGAGCAGAAAUAUGGAUACAAAACAACAUCAUGGAAAACACCUCCCCUCCCAAACACACACACACACACACACACACACAGUUGUGGUACACAUGUAACUAACCUGAGUCAUUUGCAGGCAGUCAAGCUUUUGAGUGUAGAGAAGGGCAAGAAAGGCAAGUGUAACCUGGUUUUUGUGGCUGGAAGCAGGGUGUUGCAGUACUUGGGAAGAUGCUAUCAGACAGAAAAGGCUUUGAAUAGUGUGUUUAAGGGACCACCAGAAGAAUAUGCAGAGCUUGCUGACAAGAUGCAGAAAAAUUUGAAAGCUGCACAGAAGAAUGCCUUAACAUUGUUAAGAGACCUGGCAGUAUUGGAGGCACAGAAGUUUAAGACCAAUCCUGAAAGAGAUAACUUCUUUUCACUACACAGGAAAGAAGGAGACAAUGAAUUCAUGAACAUAAUUGUCAAUGAAAUAAAUGAUGAGAAUGUGGUACUAUUCCUCACUGUAGGAGAUGAGCAGGGUUCUGGAAUGUUCUUGCUGGCUGGGCCAGAAGAUACUGUUGUAACUCUUGGACCAAAGGUUUCUGAUCUGCUAGAGGGCAAAGGCUUCGGCAAAAAAGGGCGGUUUCAAGGAAAAGCCAAUAAGCUCAUAAACAGACCAAAAGUUGAAGAACUUUUACAAGAAUAUUUCAGAUCAAGUGGGGCUGAAAAAUAAACCUUUAAGGUUAUCAUAAUUGUUAUCCAGCUCAUUGAAAGUGUUAAUACCUUAAAAAGGAAUGCUGAAAUUGAUGUCUUCUAAUUCAUUCCUGAGAAGACAGAAAAACAAGUAAAAGCAUGUGAUGGAAUAUUGAGUAUAAAUGCGUUAAAAUUUUAUUACUGUUAUAAUGGUGCACAAAAAUGACUGUUUAUUCAUUAUUAUUACUUUAUUUUGUUUUUAUUUAUGUUCAACUUGUUAAAUCUGCGAAGUUCACUUUUAUGACUUUCCAAGUAUCAGUCAGGUGUGCAAUUUUAGGCAGAAUAAAAGCUUAUUGUGUGUUAUGCCUGGAAUUAUUUCAUUUUAUUAAUGUUUAUUUGAUGUGUGAUCCAGUAAAAUACAGAAAAAAGAAAUAUAAACUCAAGUUACAUUUUCUACUACGGAACAAUUUAGAAAAAAUUAUACAAUAAAAUCAAUUGUGUGAUUUUAGGCAGAAUAAAAGCUCAUUCUGUGUGUUAUGCCUGAAAUUAUUUUGUUUUAUUAAAUUUAAUGUUUAUUUGAUGUGUGAUCCAAUUAAGUACAGAAAAAUGAAAAAGAAGCUUAAGUUACUUUUAUUACUACAAAAUAGUUUAGAAAAAAUUAUAUGUAUUGCUUAGAAAACCAUCACUGAAUAUAAACUUUAUACUGUUAUAAUUGCAAGAAAGGAUGAACAGAUAUGACUGUAUAUUCAUUGAUUUAUUAUUAAUUUAUUUUGUUUUUAUUUAUAUUCAGCUUGUUAAAUCUGCAAAAUUCACUUAUAAGACUUGGCCAAAUAUAAAUCAAGUGUGUGAUUUUAGGCAGAAUAAAAGCUUAUUCUGUGUGUUA